AUGAAGAUCAUUGGGGAUCUCCUUCUGUUCUGUACAGUGGCCCAUCUCUGCAACUGCUCUCAUAAGUUAAGGGUAGACUGCAGCAUUUAUGAGAAGCACCCAGUGGCGGCCAUCCCCUGCCCCAUCGCAUACCUGCCUGUUUGUGCUGACUACAUCACCUAUGGGAAUGAACGCCACUUGUGUAUUGAGAGCUUGAAGAGUACUGAAAAAGUUCAGCUUCUUCAUGAAGGAAGAUGUUAA